AUGAGAAUACCGUUGGAGUUAUUGCCGCUGGGCGGCUUUUCUGUUCUUGAUCGCUUCUUACACACCACAGAUGGUACAAGUCCCGCAUCCUGCCCUUCUGGCUUACCACUGACGUGUUCCAAUCACACAAUUAUCGAUGAUUCAUGCUGUUUCGAGUAUCCUGGCGGAGUAAUGAUGCAGACACAGUUUUGGGACUACAGCCCGCCAAGAGGGAUGGAGUCCGGGCACUGGAGUGACGAACUGGAGAAGCAGUUAGGGCCAAAUACCUCCUUUACAAAUCAUGGACUCUGGCCAGACAAUUGCGACGGCGGAUACCAGCAGUUUUGCGACAAUUCGAGGCAAAUCGAUGAUGUGUACAACUUGCUGAAGUCGAAACAAUUCAACCACGAAGGUCUCGAAAUACAAGGCGAAGAAUUGUUGGAUCGAAUGAGCAAGCUCUGGAAGAGUAACACCGGUGACCACGAGUCUUUGUGGAUCCACGAGUUCAACAAACACGCCACUUGCAUCAAGACGUUGAAACCUCAAUGUUACGCUCGGUGGGACGGGGACGAAGCAAAAGUCACGGAUGACUACAACAAAAAAGGGGUAUAUGACUAUUACAGAAUUGCAAUGAAGCUAUAUGAGAGUCUAGACAGUUUUAAAGCACUUGAAGACAAUGGCAUUACUCCAUCCACCACGAAGAGUUAUACUCGCGACGAAAUCAGUAAGGCAUUGAGCUCUGCAUUCAACGGAAAGAAAACGUUCUUCAAAUGCGAUCGUAAUAGAGGGCUGAACGAGAUUUGGUACUACCAUUUACUGCAGGGAAGCUUUCUGGGCGAAGAGUUCCAUGCCAUUGACGCUAUAGGCGCUUAUUCUAACUGCCCAGCCGACGGAAUCAUGUUCUAUCCCAAGGGUUACAGACCAGGUAGUGGGGGCCAGCCAGGAAGACCAGGGAAUGGUAAUCGCGGAACUAGAGGCAUCAUUCGCGUGAGCGGUUUUCAAGGUUCUAUUAUAAGAAACGGACACUGGAUGUCAGGCGGAACUCCUGCCAACUUUGACCUUAUUAAAGCGCCUUUUGGGAACUUUCAUCUAAAGUCUAGAACAGGCUACUGUGGACCGGACAAUCGUCAUAAUAACGCAUUAGUUUGUAACAAAGGUGUGGGAAAUGCUGCCCAGUUCGAGUACGACGAAUCGAAGGGGUAUUUGGGUCUUUCGGGCAGCUAUGAGUGGUACGCUGACGAAUACCCACGAGGUCGCCAGCAGUCAUUGGUGUAUGCUGGCCACUCUGAAGAAUCGAAAUACCCAAUGAAACUAAAAUUUGUAAAACUACACUAA